AUGGGAAUAUCCAAAGUGUGCUGUCGAUGUUCUACAGAACCAAAUUCAGAAGUUCGAACUCCAGUUCUCCGACGUUUUUCCUGUGGAGUAGGAAGCGUAUUGAAUGAAAUCCAAAGCCGGCUUAUUUCGUUCCGUCUAGUUUUCUUCAUGAAUGUCGUAGGACUCUCCGCGACUGAAGCUGGCGUGCUGGCACUAUACGGGAAGAUUUCCCAGGCCCCAGCCACACCUCUUUGCACGUUUUUGGAAGAACGAAUUAAGAUCCCAUUUUUGUCCCGAAAACUCGGAAGAAGAAAGUCUUGGCAUUUCAUUGGAACAAUGCUGUUAACAAUCGUCCUACCACUCUACUUUGGACCUUGUUUUCCUUGUAAGAGUGAUGGUGGACAUUGGCAACUGAUGGUGUACAUUCUGACAUUGAGCACAGUUCUGUCAACUAGCGUUAGCUUGAUAGAACUUGGACAUCUGACGCUCAUUCCUAUUAUUGCAAAGAAUCAAGAAGAGGCCAUUGAACUGAAUGCAUUGAGGUUUGUUUUCCCUUAACCUGCUGUUCAAAUUCACUUUCAAUUUAUAAAAUUUAAUGUACGUUUCUACAUAUGAAUUAAAGCUCUUGCAGAGGUAAGCUCAGAGAUUAUAUUCGUUAUUAGAGAGAUGCAACAACUAAAGGCAUUUAACCUUGCCGCCUGUUAGUAAACUAAAAUUGCAAUCGACCCGCUCUCUGUCGAAUGGUCUUCCCCAUGUAGUGAUCACUUACUAAAGUCAGUUGGACAAAAUUAUCAAGGGAUCAAUGCGAAUAAAACCUACACUAACCGCUUAUUAAAGGGACAGUGUCCCGAUUAUGCGCACGCGCGAGCGUCAUCUGUUUUUUCUUCAAAAGACAAUAGAACUGUCAUAUUGACUCGACAAGAUUUCCUUCCGGGCCGCACCGCCGACGGAGAUUUGUUGUUUAUAUUCUCAAGUAAUAUUUUAGACUUUCGAAGAAGUCUUUCGUCUUAUUUAAAAUUUGGCUCGCGGCACGAAGACUCAUCGCGAUUUUAUCACUAGCGGGGCCGCCUCGCGACCCGAAAAUCUCUUUCCGCUCGCUUUAAAACAGAUUUUCUAUUGUGAAACUCGUGUCAGAGGUCAGUUGUUCUAAGUCCAGUAAUAUCUGCCUGGUUCUAGCCUCAAAUGUUUGAAAGACAUAAAUAAAAAUGCAAUCUCAAGGCUAUGAAUCAUCGCAAAGAUCAGUCAAAAAUUAUAUUAUGAUUUUAUGAAACUAGUUUUUCUAAACCUGUAACGCCUGUUUGUUUGAUUUUGUCGGCCGUAGGGAGAUUCAUUUAAAAGUUUACUAACGCGUCGUUGCAAAACAUUCCACAAGAUCUCCACAGUCACAUCAAUGUCUCAAUGGUUUCUUUUUUACAGUCUUUGUUGUUGCUGUUUCAUUUCUUUGUAUUCCUUUCACAAUUAUCUGAGCCUGUAUGGAAGCUAGCAGAAGAAAUAAGCCUUCAAUCGGCAUCAAAGCGCCUCCCAUCUUCUGGUCCUCCGGCCAACGGUAAUAAAAGUAACGCCAAAAGAUCCAGAUUUCGCCCAAAUUGAAACUUAACAGGAACAAUAUAUCAUUGAUCUGUAAUCCUGAGAAGUUUUAGUGUAGUAUUGAACUCGGCCAAGCGCGAUGCAAACGGAUUUUUCAAGGUUCUCUUACUCUCCUCGCAUCUUUUGAAUUCGCGACAUCCUGUCCAAAAAUCAAAGUUUGGUGCAUGCGCAGUAACGGGAUACUGUUCCUUUAAUAAGCUCUAGUGAUUAUUACAAAAUUUCUCUUUAUAUCAUUGAUGAUUUACAAUAGCGUGUUUUCAUUCACGUGGCCAGCAGCAAUGUAAAUUUGUUGGAACAAGACAAAGUUUUUACAUAAGAAAAAGGUUCAUUUAAAAAAAAAAAAAACACGUCUCAUUGCUUUGGAGUAGCAAUAUGGCGGACGUGACGUCAUGUAAAAACGCUCUAUCAUACACGGGUGAUGGUCAAAUAAGGACAUUAUUGCCCGGGAACAUUUCUUACCAUAAUUUAACAAAUUCUCUCCCCUGACGUUUCCUAAAGAAACGUAUGGGACAAGAAAGAAGAUUUUCUUUGUAUUUGAAUAUAUUGGGUUAUAAAGAUUUAAUAGAGGUUAGCUGGACCUCAACAAGUUUAUCUUUUUUUACUGUGGCGUACCUAACAUAUGAUGGUAUAGUUCUAACCGGAUUUUUGAAAACGUUACUGCCAAUUGGAAAUUAAAUGCACCUUUCUCCAAAGUAGCCAUUUUUAAAACUAAGAGUGUAAAACCAUUGCUUUUUAUCUUCUCCUCCUUUCCUCCUUCUCGCACACAGUUUCCUUUUCUCCUUUCCUUUUGGUGUGAUUUUGCAGCUUAUCGGGUCCAAUUCCAAAAAAAGCCUACCUUUUGACGCCUUUUAGCUCAUGACUGCAACUUUUGCUAGGUUGGUUUUCAAAAAAUCAUCUAGAGUUAUAUAAAUGUAAUUCUCCCAAUCACCUCCUCCUCCCUUCCUCUUAACUUCCGACUCAUAUGUAUAGCAUUUACGAUGAUUUAUCACGUUUUGAUACAAUAUUUAUGUCAUAUCAUGUGGUUGAUUUACAGGACAAUGUUUCAGUUCUUGGGUGGGGUCGCUACUUACCUUGUCGCUUGGGCAAUUUUGGGGCAGGACAGUGCCAGCCAAAUUACAGCAGAGAGCUCCAUGGGCUUUAUGGUAAAACUUGUUUAAUUUAAUUUUAAAACAUCAAAAGCACCUCAAAGCUAAGCCAAACAUGAAUUGUAUUUCUUUCCUUUCGUAGGUUUUGACACUUAUCAUGGUGGGAGUAGGUUUUAUUCUCUCUAUGAUAUUUCAUGCUGGAACCAAAGAGCCUCCGAAAGUAGUUGUCAACGGGCAGUCAACCAAAAGUGAAGCUAUGGUAAUGAUGAACCUCUAUUUUAGCGACCAAUCAAUAUCCAUCAUUCUUUAAAAUAUCUUAAAAAUACGGUUAUUUAAUUUAUAAUUGUUGGAGAGCUGUUAUCCAUUUCAAGCAAAUGUGCUGAUAUCUAUUUAAAUCUAAAAUUCCUUUGUUAUUUCAAUAAAUUAUGGAAUGUUGUUUUUUAUUAUUUUUUUUUUUCAGAGCAAGUCUUCUUUUGUUUCUCCAUCAUACCCCAGUUUACAGUCGAUGACAUACGUGAAAACAGGUGCGCAUGCGCAUUUAAUUUAACCCAUACGUGCGAAAUUAGUGGUAUGUACAUCUGUCUGAUUUCGUUAAAACGUGGCCACUGGGUUUUCGCCUGGCGCCGGGCGCAGCCCGGCUCCAGGCCAGUCCGGUGGCCAAAAAUGUAGGGAGCCUGACGUCUUGGUCAGUAAGCUGGAUAGCCCAGGGACUGCCCUAACAGUGGGUGGGUGGAUCAGGCCUUGGGGUCAAAACUAGUGGGGUAAGGAGGGGGCCGUAUUGACACAACUCCUUCAGUAAUUAUAAGCAACAGUGUUCAGUACGUGCAGGCUUUGACUGGCGAGUACCUUGGUCUUAAUUUGCCCUAGCCAGCUGAAUCAGACCUCUGCUGAGAAUGAUUAUCAUGAUAAUUGCAGAGCUCAUCAGUGGGAGGAGCAGACAGUCACCCAUUGUCCUGGGUGGGGAGGGUCAAAGUCAUGGUACCAAGGACGCACUAAGCAUAGGGCCUUUAGACACUCACUGAAGCCAUGUUUUCAUAAAUCCAGUCAGACAUACGGGUUAUUCGAUAAUACUUUCUUGACCAAAAUUGCAUGAAAACUGUUCUGUGUUGUUUUCGGGUUUCCAGCAACACCACGAACUAAUUAUUAAAACGCCUUAAUGAAUAUCCAAUCUACUUGUGUCAGCCGAAGUGACAUAUUAAUUUCUUAGCCCUAUAAAUUUACAACUUUUAAGAACUUCUGCACAGGUCACCAUUAUAAGUUUUCUAAUUAACCUGUAAAUGUUUCUUAUAAUAAAUAAAUAAAUAAACAGAACGGAAUCAUGAAAUUAAUUGCGAGCUGGAGUGACCAGAUUGCUCAAAUACAUUUUGUUUUACUCAUCAGAAGAGCCAUUUAAUUGGUAAAUAGUGUUUUAAAAAUGAACCUAAAAACUAUUAUUAUGCCAAUUUUUUCAUCACACUUUUUAAAAUCCAUUUCUGUUUUUUUUUUUUUUUCGAAUUGGCACUUAGACAUGAAGAAUGAAGCUGGUGAAGAUGAAUUUAGAGGGACGAUUUCCAAAGACUCUUUCGAUGAGAAUCGGAUUGAUGAUUCGACAGUGUUGAAGAUUGUCAAGGAGUUGCCACAAGAACGUAAGAUGAGCGUCGUUAUGAGUACAUCUUAUGAAUUGGCUGGAUUAAAGGAACAUUUGCCGAUUGUUGAAAAAGGAAGCUGGGGUCUUGAACCUACUGAAAUGAGCAAUUCCAACGAGAAAAUUUGUACAGAAGUGCAAAGCGAUCAAACCGAUAUAACUAAUGAGUCCUUUGGUAAUGACAACAAAGGCCUUGAUUUUAGUGAAACUGAAGUGAGUCCAUAUCAUCUUGACCAUGAGACCAGCAAGACAAGCAUCGGAGACGAUGGUCCCUUACCUCAAGCUAUAAGGAAUAACGAAAAGACUUUAGUUAUCUCAGAUGAUCCUGAAUCAGCUCCUCCAGUUACCCCUGCGCCAAAAACAGUGAGAGCCUGGCUUAGGGAUCCACGUCUUUACAUGGUAAUAAUAGUCUCUCUCUAAACAUCAAGAAUUGCUUUAAGUGUUUGGUUGUUUGUUUGUUUGCUUCUUUGUUUUUUUGUUGUUGUCGUUUUUUUAGUUUGUUUUAUGAAAGUUAUAAACCCCUUGUUAUUCUGGCCAUAUUUUCAAUCUACUUUUCUCGCAUGGUGCAAAUGUCAAAACCUCUUAACUGCUAACAUUAUACACUUAAUGUAAGAUCCCGAGGGAAACAGUUAGUUUUCUUUUCCCAAGAGUCCUGAUGUUUCCCUCGACUUCGUCUCGGGAAACAUCAGGACUCGAGAGAAAACAAAACUAACUGGUCUCCCGAGGGACCUGACAUUAAGUGUUUUGUUAUAUUUCUAGACUUUCACUUCAACAACAACAAAAGAAUAACCGGAGCGAACCAAAACUGUCGACUCGGUACUUAUAACAACACAAAUUUAAUUCUCAAAACCACUGAAUGAAUGAUUUACAAACAAAAGUACUUUCCUCAUAUUAUCUGCAUCUUUUUCCUCCACUAGCUGCUGUUUUUCUUCUGGGAACUUCUGGGAUAACUUUAAAAACCGUUGCUUUUUAGCUUGAGGCUUCGUUUUUGUGUUGUUGUGUUCAUUCACGAAAAAGAAAACUGGCUGGACCUGGCGGUGUUUGUCCCGCCUUCUGUCACACCACUUUCCACCAUGCUUUGAUCACGUGCUGCAAUGUAUCCCGAGCGGGAUACAUUGUUUAAUGUACCACGAUCGGGAUACAUUUGAUUUUAGUCAAGGCCACGUGACCAAGAAUCAACCAAUGGCAGUCCCUGUUUAGUUGAGUGAAAGUCUAGGAAUAUAACAAACAUGCUUAUUCUUUAUUCCAUUUCUUUCAGAUUAGAAAAUACCAAUCUUUACAGAAAUAGAUGGGAAUACCUAAAUUGAUAUUGUUCUUGUUUUUACAUAGGUGGCAGUAAUCUUCUCCUGUGCAAAGGUUUUGCAGGACGUUUGUUUUGCCUAUCUACCACUCUUUCUUAUUUACAGUGUGAAGUUUGAAAAGGUAUUUUAAUUAGUAAUACAGAUCCAAGUUUGAUAAUGCAUUCUUCCGAUCGAAACUUUUUGCGUUCUAUUACUUAUAGUGACGAGGGAUUGUCUUUAAAAUGAUUUACAACUUGGGAGUGCCCCUGGUGUAUUCUGGAAAUGUCGGGAUUUUGCAGUAUAUUACUUAGGCUAUCGUAUGGCAGAUUGUUGAAAAGUUCAUUGUCAUUUUCGACGCCUAGCUUUGUCAUAGUAGAUAGGGAUUUCUAACGGUUCAAGAUUAUAAUCAUGAUAAUGAUCAUCACCUCCACCACCACUACCACCACCACCACUACCACCACCACCACCACCACCACCACCACCCCCACCACCAUCAUCAUUAUCAUAAGUAUUUCAGUAUUAGCAUUCGCAUUCGCAUAAGCAUGAGCAUAGCAUCAUUAUCAUAACUAUAAUCAUUAUCAUUCAACGCCCCUCUGUUGGUGCAAAUUGUCGCUCGCUAAUGCGUACAUCUAAACUAGCCUAAUCCGAUUUGUUUCAAACUGCCUUAACUGAUAGUAGUUGCACAUAGCUUGCAUUGUGAAUGAGACACACCCUAAAGUAAAGAAACUUCUUAUUAAUAAAUUUGUCUUGACCUUUUUAGGAAGCCAUUGCUUAUCUGCCACUCAUCAUGUUGAUCACUGGAGCAGUCUCAUCAGGAAUUUCGAAAAAAUUCAUUGGAAAAGUUGGAGGCAAGGUAAGGCGAAUGAAAACCACCUUUGAUAAAAAAAGGGGGGGGGGAAGACUUACAAGCCUUAAUCCGUUAGACUGAUCAGCGCAGUUCUUUAAGAUAUUAAAGAAUGGAAAGGGAUGGGAUGGAUGAAAAUAAUAAAUGGAUGUAGGUGGCAAUUGUGUUAACCAUGAAUGAUUACUUUUUUUAAUUUAAUCUAUUUUUUAUCAUUUAGUGGUCAUUCUCCCUAUCUGCUGUAUUGGUAAUAGGAGUUGGAGUGUGGUUUUAUUUUAUCACCGAUUCCACUAAAGUGAUGACAUAUCCAGCUGUUGUUUUGCUUGGAUUUGGGUUUUCCAUUAUGAUCGUAAAUUCACUGAGCUUUGCAGCAGAACUUAUUGGAGACAACAAAGUGAGUUAAGUUACAAGUGAAUUUGGAAUGAUGUAGUCAAAAGGCUAAAUGGAACAAAGGUUAUUCACAAAUUAUAAACGUUCGCAUGUGGUAGAAUCUUAGCCUGUCAAGAAAGAAACCUCCGCUUUGCGAAGCCAACAAUUGAACCAGACUCGAUCUUCUUAGAUUUGGUGCUCACUGUUUCAUCUGUUUUGGUGGCAGUUCUUGCUUUUUUUUGCUUCUUACUUCCGCUUCUAAUGGUUGACAACUAUUUUCUACGAGAGUAUAAACAAUAGAUAUGACAUGCCUGUCCCAAGCAUGUUAACCCUUUAAACCCUAACAUCAAAAUGCAAAUUCUCAUUUGUUAUCCCUAUACGUUUUCAAUAGAAGUAGUGGGGAGAAUUUGUUGAAGUAUCAAUUAGAUUAAUUUUGUGUGAUCAUGUCCUCAAUUCUCAUGACCACCCUGUUUUAUAAAGCAUUGAUAUUACAAGGAGAAACUUCAUGCUGAUCACUCUUAGGGCUUAAAGGGUUAAGGCAUGGCCUGAGGCUAAUUUGCACAAAAUCUUAUACUGAUCAUAACUUUGUGAAAAUUUAUCAGAACCUUCCAAAAUUUGGCAGCCUCGUUGCAGCCUCGGAAAAAUCGGUAACCUUGAUUUUCCUGUGACGUGAGAAAUCAGAUAUCUAUGUCACGUGACUAUUUAUGGUCGACUCCAGGAAAGAAAAGAAACCGAAAAUGGGGUGGCGAGAUGCCACACAGUAUAUAUUAAAUACAGUAUUUUUUGCUAUUGUAUCAUCAUUUCUCGCUUGAAUCUGGCCGGAAUGGUUGACUCACGUUUUUAUUUAAUAAUUAGUCAAGCAAAAUAGGUCACGUGACACUUUUCACCUGUUAAUAUCUUUUCAGAAAUUAAAAAUUCUCUCCAUUUCGGCCACAGAAAAAAAUUCGUACUAACGGUAAAACAAACAUUUACACAUGGUUCAAACUUAGUUGUGAUCAACCAUUCCUUAGCCCAUUUUAAAUUUCUUUUUGAAUAUCAUUAUGACGUCACGUUUCACGUGACUACAUUACUUCAACCCUAAUUAAUUCAACGCCUUGAAAGAAAGUUUCGCGAAAGUUUUUUGCAACUUUUAGAAUUAAAAUGCAUGGCCGUAGAAGAAAAACAGCUUAUCUUAGCGGAGGGUCGAGACCAAAAAUUGAGCCAUGCCUUAAUAACAUGAUUGAGGUCUCUCAGUCGUGCGUCAAGGGUAACAUUUCGAUCGACAACUAGUUUUAUUUUAAUAACUGUCUAGUACACACUUAUAAAUAAAGAAAUGCAGACGCUAGAAUGUUCAAAAUCUUGUCAUGAAACAAUUCAAAGAUUUGUUAAUUUAUUUAAUUCGGGAUUAUUGUUUCUUUAAUCUUUUCUUUUGUUUUCUUUUUGUGAUACAUUCUGCUUUGAAAAAUCACUUUAUACUUUCUUUACAUCAGAGCACAAGUGGCGUUGUUUUUGCUGUUAUGGGUCGCGGGCCUGGGCAGGGGCAAUGUUUCUCGCUAUCCAAAGAUUCUUUCCCCAAGGAAGGUAAGGAAUACUGUUAGUUGCUUCUGUUAUCAUCGUGUUCCUUAUGAUAUUAUUUAAAAAUUCCCAGUGACUGGAAUCUACUCCAAGAAGUACUUUGAUUUUCAUUUAUAAAGGCGGUGCGUAGUUGAAUUUUUCCACAUUUAACAGUAGUGUCAGAAGGUAUUAUACUUCCGUUGCAUUAACCUAGUAUCUGUAGAUUUCGUUUAUGUUAUACAAUGUAUAGAAAAACUUAUCACGUGAUUUACGAACGCUGUCACUUUCUUCGGUCCUGUUUACAAGAAGGGAGGGUAGCCCUGGUGCUAAGGUUACCCAAGCAAGAGGGUUACCCUUGCUAUCUAGCACUCGGCGCAUUUUUCCUUCUCUACACGACGUGUUUACAAGGCAGGUAGUGUUACCCUAACAAGAGGGUACCCUACCUGCCUUGUAAACGCCCCGCUAAAGACAACUCGCCUACCCGGGACAACUUUGCUCCGUCACAAGUGACCCGUAAUCUUGACAAUUUGAACGGAAUUAUCCAUUUUCUGAACAAUAUAAGGUAUUUUCUGAAUACGAUGACAAUAUUUUCCCGUUUUUUCGUGAAUUUAGCGUGAAUUCAUAGAGAAAUUCAAGUUUCAUUUCAUAUCUUGGACUUUACAAAGAAUGUCACGCAUGACGACGAACAGGUCAGUAAACCUGGUAAAGUUGACCCAGAUGAUAGGGUAACCCUACCUUUGAAAUUUGCUUAUAAACCCGGCUAUCUUUGACCCGCUUGCGAGGGUAACCCUAGCACAAGGGUAACCCUCUAUCCUUGUGAAUAAGCCAUUAUCAUGAAAAACUGCUAGUUUGAGUGUCAUUGAAAAUCAAGUUCAUUAAGUCACUUAGAGAAAGCGGGUUACAAUGUCAAAGAGUUGUCCAAUAUCUUAACACGAAGCAUGCUUGCUCCUCCCCAAAUCAGUUUUGCUUCAGUCUCUAGACAAAUUACUAUAAACCUAUCUCUUGUUGUUGUUAUUGUUGUUUUUUUUACAUUUUUAAAUUUCCCUACGUAUACAAUGUCAAGCUAUUUAAAACAGCUUUUCAGUAAUGUCGUCUUUAUUUACUUUUUGUAGCAAAUCUACAAACUGUGAAGAGUGUGGGGAUUAUGUACGACACAUUUUUUCAUUGGUACCAGGGUCUAUAGCUGUUAUCGGUAUCUUGGCCCUUCUGUUGUUCCAAGCACCGCAAACUCAAUGCACGCGAACUGGUGAGUCAGCCAUUGCUAGAUCUAUUUUGCUGAUUAGUUAA